ACUGGUACUAACACAACCUUCUCGUCACAAUUCUAAGCAAAAACAGGUAAAAGUCAUCAUCUCUCCUCUCUCUCUAUAUAACAAAUAUAUAUAUAUAUAUAUAUGCAUAUACCUGUAAAGAUAGAGUCUGAUCGGAAGAGGAAGAAGACUUCGAUCGCGUCGUCAGAUCGGACGGAGAAGCACAAGAAGAAGAGCAAGAUGUCAUCUGAUAAAGUUAGGGCUUCGCAUAUUCUGAUAAAGCACCAAGGAUCUCGAAGGAAGGCUUCCUGGAAGGAUCCAGAAGGGCGAGUCAUCAGCACCACAACUAGAGACAGCGCUGUCUCUCAGCUCAAAGCUCUCCGCGAUGACAUCGUCUCCGGAAAGGCCAAGUUCGUCGACGUCGCCGCUCGUCACUCCGAUUGCAGCUCCGCCAAGCGCGGCGGCGAUCUCGGUUCAUUUGGCAGGGGUCAGAUGCAAAAGCCUUUUGAAGAAACAACUUAUGCACUGAAGGUUGGCGAGAUGAGCGAUAUUGUGGAUACUGACAGUGGAGUUCACAUCAUCAUGAGAACAGCUUGAUUAGUGAUCAACAAUCUUUUAUGGGAUUUAUUGAUGCCAGCAUUUUACUGAUAUGAAAUUUUCGUGUCUGAUUAUGCAAAAUAACCUUGCUGUAAUAGUGCCUAUAGCCAAUGCUUAAAGGUGGUGUUUUCUCUGCUGUUAUUCUUCAGGACCGACUGUGGCCUACGUGCACGAUAUGAUUCCAUUGUUUCAGAACUUUUUCUUUUACUCA